CUCACCUCCUGCUACCAUGUGCUGCAAUUACUACGGAAACUCCUGUGGAGGCUGUGGAUAUGGCUCAAGAUAUGGCUAUGGCUGUGGAUAUGGCUCUGGCUAUGGCUGUGGAUAUGGCUCAGGCUAUGGCUGUGGAUACGGCUCUGGCUAUGGCUGUGGAUACGGCUCUGGCUAUGGCUGUGGAUAUGGCUCUGGCUAUGGCUGUGGAUAUGGCUCAGGCUAUGGCUGUGGAUACGGCUUAGGCUAUGGCUGUGGAUAUGGCUCAGGCUAUGGCUGUGGAUAUGGCUCUGGCUAUGGCUGUGGAUAUGGCUCUGGCUAUGGCUGUGGAUAUGGCUCCAGGUAUGGCUGUAGAUAUGGCUCUGGUUGCUGUAGCUACAGAAAAUGCCGUUCCUCUUGCUGCUAGUCUCUACCAUAAAUUCUCCACCCAGGGACUAAGCAGAAGAAGAGCAAGUUGAACUGGAAUUCCCAUCUAUUUCGUCAAGCCCAAGAAAUGACUGACAACUCUGUGCUGGACAGUAGAAAACAUCUCACAAUAUGUGUUUGCUCCUGAGAUAAACUAGAAAGUUUGGUUCAUCAUGGAAGAUGGAUUUUAUUUUACUGGGUUUUGGAGUGUACCCUUUACAACUGUCUCUUUGAGCCUGUGAUUAAAGCUGUCUUCACAAGCACAGAAGAAAUGUACAUUUGGAAUAUACAAAUGUGGAAAAAAAUCCCAGUCGUUGAAUAAAAAUAAUUUACUUACUAUUA